AAAUUCUCGAAAAAGAUGUAGGUGUAGGUAUUGUCUCUUCGUGCGAAUACCAAGAAUCCCAACUUUAAAAAGGCCUAGCAGAGAAAACCUCAGUAGGGGGUGCCUAAAUAUUGAGCAUCUUCUACGAGGGUUUUUGAUCUUGGGGUUGCAAAAGGACUUUAAAAUCAUUUAUCCUGACGGAGUAGGGCUCACGCUUUGCUGGAUUCUCCUAACCGACCCACCAAUAUUAAAGUUGCAAAAGCAAUAAACAGGUCAAACUACGUGCCGUUUGAAAUUCAGGUUUCUGGUCUCCAAGUUCAGUGAGUGGUUUGAAGAUUGUGUCUUCAAGAGAAAUGGCAAUUCGUGAUUUCGAAUUAGGAUUAUUUCGGUAGACUCGAGAUGGUAAGGCUUGUGCAGCCACAUCUCGAAAAGAGCGUGUUAGUGUCUUUGAAGGGCCAUGAUUAUGGUUCUCAAGAGAUGUUGAGGGUACCGUCAUGUUUUAAAGCGAAAGAAAGACUUACUUUGGUUAAGACAAAUAUUCAACAGUAUGAUGAAUCAAAAGAUGCAAAAACCAAUAUAGUGAAUAAAUUCAAAGCAGAAUAUGAAGCAAAAUUUCCCUUAAGCAAGAGAUGCCCGUCGCUUAUCUUUAUCUUUGACUUUGAUACACUAUGGUUUUCUACACAAAUUACCAAGACACUCACCAAUGAACGAAACAAAGUAUCUAUUGCUCUGAUUAAAGCCAGUGGUGCAGCGAUUACCAAAGAGUUACAGGCGGAAAAUAGCAACAAUGGAAAACAUAUCUUGUAUGAGGAAGAUUCUGACAGUGACUUUUCAAACGGAAAAAGUGAUGAUGAAAAUGAGGCCGAAUUUAUAAAUUCAAUAUUAGUAGAUGAAGGGGCUCCUACCUGUUUGAAAGAAUUCGACUCGUUCCAAUUAAUGCUUACAAAAAGCCGUGCUUAUCCUGGAAUAAAUAUGAAUGACUUAUAUAACCAGAUGUUGGAUAUCUACAAAUGUGGUGCAAGUAUUGAAAAAGUAACGUUUGAUGCCUUAUCAGAAUUAUUCAGAGGUAUUGGUGAUAUUUCUGACAGAGACUUAGUAAAAAUCAAACUAUUUAAAAUAUACGAAGAGGCCAAAAAAGAAGAUCGAUAUGCCAGAUUAAACAAACUACCUGAUGAAGAAAUUAUUGAUUAUACGGUUGAAGAGUUAAAUAGAAAGGUAGUAAAAACUCUCAGUACCCGCCCUGACGCUGGUUGCGCUGUAAUCCACGAGAGAAGAAUUGAAAAGCUUACUUGUUUUACUGAAGUGAAGUCAGAAUACAAAAAAAAAAAAAAGGAUACAGUAUCUACCCACCAAGAUCUACUAAGACUGGCUUUGUUUGGAGUAAAUGAAAUUGAAGAUAUCAAUGCUGAAUGCGUUUUACUCAUACAGAUCGUAGGUACUGUAAUAACAAAUUAUGGAUGUAUAAAGCACAAAAAUGGCCCCAAAAUCGUCUUCGACGUCUCAAAAAUCAAAAUUCCAUCAUCUAUGCAAAAUCUAACAGGAUUUAUUAUGCAACUUGAUGAUUUAAAAAAAACUCAGUAAUUCUUACAACCGUUGUUGUGUCAAGAAAUCCAAUACAACCAGCAAUAUCAAAAGAAAACCUUCAACUACAAUUGUAGAUCUUGACAAAAUAAUCAAUACCCACAAACCAAAAAAUUUAAGAGUCUCCACUGAUUUUUGAGCACAAAAAUCUUAUUUAAACUAAUAAAUCAUUGUACUUAUCACCCUUUGUCGUUUUUUUUUUUUUU